AUGUUAAGAGCUGUGCCAAUUGACAGUUAAAAGAUGUGGUUAACAAAUGAUUUUGGAGUCUAUUCACUUUACUACAAUCCAGCCAUUCAUGAUAAAGAAAGUAUGGAGUUAGUUUGCUAGAUGGUAGAGAAGAAUGUUUAUGAUACUACAGUAAAAACAAUGGAAUAUCGAUUGGGUAGAAAUUGCUGCAGAGCCGACUAUAACUUUACUAUAUUUGCAGCGGAGGCCUUUGGAAAUAAACACAUCCGUGAAAACUUCAUAGACACCCCAAUCGGUUAAAUACUCUAACCAAAUGGACAAAUUACUCUGAAUGCUCAUGCAUUUUACUACGGCAAUGUAUUUUGCUGCUGUAGAGAGAACGGAUGCUCAAUUUUCUGA